AUGUAUUUGUACUGCCCUACGGGAAACAGCAAGCAGCUUUGCAAGGAGAGCAAUGAUAUUAUCAGCAAUUUGCCGCUAGAAGUAACAGAGUAUAUACUAGAACACUUACCUUUUCAUCAUGCUGUGAGGAUGAGCAUCUUAUCCAGAUAUUGGAGGUAUAAAUGGGUUAUGCUUCCACAUAUAACACUUGACCAAAAGUUCUUUGAAUAUGUCUUGAAGAGGUUUAUAAAUCGAAUUUCUGAGGCUUCACAAGCAUAUUCAGAUAUCAUUAGCAAUAUUUUACUUCGUCACAUUGGCCGUAUUGAUAAAUUUGUUCUUUUUAUGCCCUCUUGGUUUCCAUUAAAAGCAGACUUAAGUCAAUGGUUACAAUUUGUUUCUCGUCAUGGCAUCAAAGAAUUUGCUCUGGUUAACAAUAAUCACAGUCUAUCACCAAAGCUGCCUUCUUGUCUGUAUUCUUUUGAGACCUUGACGCAGUUGACACUCUACAAUUGCCAUGAUCUAAAUCUGCCUCCAACAUUCAAAGGAUUUCCUCACCUUAAAUUCAUGGAACUAGAAGUGCACAAUAAAGUACCACUUAAAGCUGGGGGCGCCCCAAUUUCUCUUCUUGAUAAACAAGAAGUGUUUCUCUAG